AUGACCCUUUCACAAUUCCAUGUGAGGUGUCUUUAUAACCUUAUUUUUUCUUCGAAAUGCAGUAAAAAAUAUUGCAUGUCUUUUGAUAAAAGAAAAAAAUAUAAUACGAAAUUAAUUUUCUUCAUAAUUGUGACACUUAUGUUAACAUCAGUACAAUCAUGUGGUCCAGGCAGGGGCUUUGGAGGUCCAAGACGAAGUAGAAAAUUAACACCAUUAGUUUUUAAACAGCAUGUACCAAAUGUUUCGGAAAAUACUCUUGGUGCAUCAGGGUUACAGGAAGGAAAAAUUACAAAAGAUAGUCCAAAAUUCAAUAAACUCGUACCAAAUUACAAUAAAGAUAUUAUUUUUAAGGAUGAAGAAGGAACUGGUGCUGACCGACUCAUGACAGAGAGAUGCAAAGAAAAGUUAAAUACUCUAGCUGUUUCAGUUAUGAAUCACUGGCCUGGUGUUAGACUGAGGGUUACCGAAGGAUGGGAUGACGACGAUUAUCAUUCACCUGAUUCAUUACAUUAUGAGGGAAGAGCGGUGGACAUUACUACAUCAGAUCGUGAUCGUAGUAAAUAUGGUAUGCUUGCUCGACUAGCUGUCGAAGCUGGGUUUGACUGGGUGUAUUAUGAGAGCAGGUCACACAUUCAUUGUUCAGUAAAAUCAGAUUCAUCACAUACUUCACAUUUGAUGGGUUGCUUUACUGCUGAGAGUACUGUUACUAUGAAAGACGGUACAAAACAACGCUUGGCUGAUCUACAAGUAGGUGAAAAGGUGCAAAGUAUUGAUUCCAAAGGAAAUGUUAUCUUGAGUGAAGUCCUUACGUUUCUUGACCGUGAUACAGAUCAAACGCGUGAAUUUGUACGACUAGAAGUGAGCAAUUCCAAGAGUAUUACAGUUACGCCAUCGCAUUUAUUAAUGGUUUGGCAACCAAACACACAUCAAAUAAAUUAUAUGUUUGCUGAUAAAAUCGAAGAAGGUGACUACCUAUUAGUCAAUGUAGAUAGAAAUUUGGAGCCACAAAAAGUGAGGAAAGUAUCAGCAGUGAUGUCAAAAGGUGUAUAUGCUCCUCUCACAUCACAAGGUACACUAUUGGUCGAUUCAAUAGCUGCUUCUUGUUAUGCUGUAAUCGAAAGUCAAACAAUUGCACAUUGGAGUUUUGCUCCAUAUCGAUUAUUCAACAAUGUGUGGAAGUUGUUCAAACCAAUUUCAAACCAAAAAGACAAAAUUAGUAGAUUAACAAAUAAACUUCAUCAAAAUGGCAUCAAUUGGUAUGCUAAGGCAUUGUACUCAAUCAAAGAUAUAUUUUUACCAACAGACUGGAUCUAUAAAUAA